AUAUGUUUCAAUAUCAAUGUGAAAAAAUAACAAUUGUGCAUGUUUUUAUUUAUUGUUAUUUGUGUCAUUUUUGGGGCUAGUGAUUUGAAUCAAGCAAAAUGUUACCAAUAAGAAGUUGUUCAUUAAUUUUUCGACGAAAUAUUUGGAAAUUCAAAAGAUAUCAACCUCCAUUAGUUGCACCAGAAAAUUUGGAAUCACCUUAUAUUGUUGGUCCAUAUAUUCGUGAUAGAUUACCAGAACAAACUAUAUUUGAACCAAGAGUACGUUAUGAUGAUGUUUAUGAAUUUGUUAAGCAAACAGAUGACGAUCCUGUUCCUCCAAUGAAAGUUUUACUUCUUGAAAAUGUACCCAAUUUAGGAGUUGCUGGUGAAAUAUUAGAAGUUCCUGGGGAAAUUGCAAGAUACAAAUUGAUUCCUAGUCAACAAGCAACUUAUGCUUCCGAUUUAAAUAUUAAACUUUAUAGUGAUCUUAUACAGAAAUGUUUAAAUAAUCCUGAUGCUCCUUCAUCCCGUUUAUCAAUUGUUACAACUGAAAAACUUAAAUCACAAUUUAUUCUGGUAACUAUGAGUUCUGAUACAUCUUGGACAAUUGAACCAUGGCAUAUUCGUGUUGCUUGUAGAAGGAUUGGUUUAGUUGUUCCAGAAUAUGCAAUUAAAUUACCUGAUAAACCAAUAAGUGGACCAAAUUUAGAUUAUGAAAUGAAAGAUUUUGUUAUUCAAAUUACUGUUAACAAGAAUCCAAGGGAAACUGUUAAUGUUAGAUGUGUUGUUCAUCAUGUUAAAGAAAAACUAUUAACUGAAUGGCAUAGACGAGUACCAAGAACUGCAAUAAUACCCGAACAACAAACAUUACUCGAUAGUAUGCCUAAAUUUGAACCAUAUUAUGAUGAUGAUGAAGAUAAAGCUACAUUUGAAUGAAUUCAUCUCUAGCUCCAUAAAGCGAAUUGGACAUAUUUCGUUUCAUCUUUAAUCCAUCGACCUUUUAUUGAUAGAAAAUAUGCUUAUUUAUCGUUUUACCAAUGAAAAAGUUGUGAUAGUAAUUACAAAGAAAUGAAUUAAUUUGCUGGCGGAUUUCAAUUUCUCUGGUUUGCACUGCCUCGUAGCCCUGUUUAAUAUCCUGUCAUUUACAAGUUGUUCACAUAUUCUCCUAGCUGUACAAAUUAUAACUCGGACGUACUUCGCUCAAAUGACUGGCCGCAUAUCUGAUCUAAUUCAAUCCUUUCAAUAUUAUGUGAUUGGUACAAUAUUCAUUUGAUACCUUUAUAGUUUGCAACCCUGUAAAUUGGCGAUGUAGUAACAGCGAAUUGAAUAUCUAUUAUUUAAUCUAAUUUAAUCUAUUUAAAUUAAAUUUCUAUGAUUAAGCUCAUCAACUUUGAAUUUAAAUAAAAAAUCAUUUGAGAGAAA